GGAACGUUUUUUGAGAAACGGAAAAAUGGGAGAUGUUGUAUUGUUUGUGGGUGAUUUGAAAUCGGUUUCAGGAGUAGCUUUAUGUAGAAUAUGCCAUGAAGAAGAAGAGUUUGAAAGCUGUAACAGCUUGGAAGCUCCUUGUGCUUGUUCUGGAACUGUAAAGUUCGCACACAGAGACUGCAUACAGAGAUGGUGCAACGAAAAGGGAAACACAACUUGUGAAAUUUGUCUACAGAAAUUUGAACCGGGAUACACAUCUCCUCCCCCAAAGGCCCAAUCAAUUGAUACGACACUGACAACAAGAGGAAGCUUGGAAGUUCCAAGAAGAGGGCAAGAGAUUGAAGAUUCAGAAUUAGAGGCCAUAGAAGAAGGACAAAUGCUUGAGACUGGCUACCCUGAAUGCUCAUCUUCUGUCUAUAGCAGCGCCUCUUGCUGUAGAUCAGUGGCUCUCAUUUUCACAGUUGUUCUGCUAGUGAGACAUCUGCUUGCUGUUCUUAUUGAAGGGACUGAAGGUUACCCAUUUACGCUUUUAACUUUGCUUAUAAUAAGAGCUAGUGGUAUACUUUUCCCCAUGUAUAUGUUGAUCCGGAUAAUCACUGCAAUUCAAAAGAAUAUUAGGGGUGGUCAGGAUGAGGAUUCUGAUGAUGAAAUGUCAAAUUCUGAUCACGAAGACGAGGAACGGCGGUAGCAGCAGCUGCAGCUGCAGCAUAGAGUUGAAAUUCACACUUGAUUCUUCCUGAGCUUCCGUUUGUAUUUGGGGCAUUCUAUCAAUGCCUCUUUUUUUUUUUCUUUUCCCAUUUUUUUGUGGAAAAAAAUGAAAAUAUUACUAGAAAUCUCUUAGACAGCCUGAUGAAAAACCAACUGAAAAUUUGCUUACUGUACAAGUCAAUCAAAUAAUGGUACAACGGUUAGGCAUGACCAAUAAACAUUUCAGUUUGUUGGUUGGAGUUUCGUUGUUAGAAAAUGACAAAGUUUUGAGACGAAACAAAGCAACCGUCGUGAGUGUGUGAUCAGCAAUAUGUUGGCUAGUUAAUAA